GUGGUGGAAAGCAAGUUUAUUUUCAAUUGUCGAUUCUUGAGAAAUAUUUUACCCCGCUAACUUUCCUUUUCACAAUCCUAUUAAUUAAAUCAAAACACAGUAGGCUACCUAUAAACUUUAUGGUGGAAAUUCACCAGCUACCUAUAAGUUCAGUCUAUUUCCGUCAUGCACCAAAACACACACGGAUAUAUUAAUCCAAACCUGUAUCCACGUGACUUCUUGUAACUCACUGUAAAAGUGAAAGAGGGAGUAGGAGACCAAUAAUAGAUCGGGGUUUACAGAUCAGUUCGAGUACAGACAGACAGACAGAGGUUGGUCGACAGGACAGAGGAGCUGGUCUGAAACAAAAUGACCACACAGGGUCAGGAAGAAAAAGUAUACGACCCCAGAGACACAACAUUGAAGUUUGUCAACAGACCGGAUGCUCUCGAUCCACUACCCCCGGAGGAUGGAGACAACACACUCCGAGCAGAGAUGUCCUGUGGCCAUGCUGUCACCCCUGAGUCUCUCACUGGCUGGUGUCGCAGCCUGUUGGACCAGGGCCAGUACAAAUUUAAGUGCCCGGCCUUGGAGGAUGGUACCUUGCAGCAGUGUGGAGCAGUGUGGUCUUACCAAGAGGUGCGCAGGCUGGCGGUGCUCACAACUGAAGAGAUGAACUACUUUGAAAAGAAAAUGGCCAUAAUGGCUGCAGCAGAAUACUGUGAAUUCAAAACGUGUCCUGGGUGUAAAUCCUAUCUGGAGAGAGAAGACCUGACAGACCUCAGCGUGCAGUGCACCAUCUGCACAGCAGACAAGAAGAAAGCGUACCUGUUCUGCUGGCAGUGUCUGAAGCCGUGGAAAGGUAAAAUUCCAUGCUCUGACCACUGCGACAAUGACGGCUGCAUCAACCACGACCUUGAGCUUCUCAAGAACUGCAAGGACACCACCUUCCCUGAGGUGCAGGGGGUAGACAAGUGUCCCUCCAUCCGGGCUUGUCCCACAUGUGGGUACAAGGUGGAGCACGACAAGACAGGCUGCAAGAACAUCAUCUGUCCUCGCUGUCAAGUGGAGUUCUGCUUUGUGUGUCUGAAGCUCACUCCGGAGUGUCUGAAGACAAGCUCCUACUUCAUCCCCUGCAGCGACGGAGUGGCCCCCAGACAAACCUCCAUACCUGUGUGGCACAGAGGCUAAAAGAAAAUAUUCUAACACACAUUCACAGCUCAUGAUGUACACUAACAGCUUUCUUCUGUCCUACAUUUACUGUUAGACUUCACUCUGCAGCUAAAGCCAACAGUGUUGGUUUAUAGGUUGACUUCUCUCCUCACUGACUUUAAAAUGGCUGCCGCAUUUUAAAAGUUCUGCUGAAAGUUGCUUCCUUAAAAUUGAUCUCUGCUCAUUGACAGCUAAUCAUAAAUAACGCAUCACCUAUUAAAGUUUCUUUUUACAGAGUGAUGUCUGUCCCAAACGUGUCCAUGAAUGUGAGUAAAUUACAUGAAUAUAACAUUUAUCCAUGAAACAGAAAAAUACAAAACCUGGCAUAGUCCGUUAUGCAAAGACCCAGAAACAUCUGUAUAAGAUGGGCCUCAACAUUCUCAAGAUAACAGAACAAUGACGAUUCUUCAUUUAAUUUUCUCUGACCCCAGACUAUCCACAUCUGU